GUCUGGAGAAGGAGGUCAUUGAGGGGGCGUCGUGACUGUGUAAUAGUGGUGGCCAUGGUGGACACAGUCAUUCGAGUAUUGCCUGGUGUGUGUGAGUAAUCUGGGUGAAGGAGUUUGUACUAAAUAAGGGGACAUUGAGUGUGGUGUCUUGGAUCGCAGUGCGAUACCUGAUUGAGUAAUAAGCUGCGCGUUGUGUGAAUGCAAGAGGCAGACAUGAUUGUCGUUGUGCACACUGGCUGUUCGUGUGAAUCAACGGUCGUUUGCCUAUAUGUUUUCUGUUCAUUUGUAUUUCGAUCGGCCGAUCGUUUGCUUAUACGCAUAUACUAUUUGUUUCGCGACGCCGCACUUCACCUGCAAGGCUCAGCCGGCUGUCUGUGGAGCUGUGAAGGCGUCACACAGGGCGAUUCGAUGGCGAUGUUCGUCUACGCCUGCGGCAGCCUUCCCCUCAUCCAUGCCCUGCGGGCUGCCUGCGCUGAGGAGGGAUAUGAGAUGCCGUCGAGUGGGGCAUGGGAUGAGUCAGGCAGCGAUGGGUCUGGGUCAGACAUGGACGAGAACGAAAACGCGCCAUCAGAAGCGCAAGAGAGGCCAGAAGAAGCCAGUGACACGCCACCAGAAGCAGAGGGGGAUGGUGCGGGUGUAUGUGUGUGUUCUGAUGUAGAAGGUGUUGGAGUUGGUGAGGAGGAGAGUUUGUCGGCCUCGUCAGCCCCGUCGGCCUCUUCAUCUAGCGCUUCGCUGCGGCAGUGCUGGUAUGCGGAUGACUCGUCGGCGCUCGGCAAACUUCACGGCAUCCUCGUGUGGUUUCGAGCCCUGCGUCGCAUCGGUCCCUCAUACGGCUAUCACCCAGAGACCGCCAAGUCCUUCCUCGUCGUCAAACCCGAGCUCGAGCAGAUCGCAAGGGAACUCUUCGAGCCCGAGGGGGUGCAGAUCGUCACGGGCAAGAGGUUCCUGGGCGGCUACGUGGGCGAUGAGGGGGGAAGGGCGGCGUUCCUCUGCGAGAAGGUCGAGGGGUGGGUGCGCGGCGUGCGCGCGCUCACGUCUGCUGCCCGCAACUUCCCACACACGGCCCACGCGGCAAUGACGAGGUCUCUGCAGAUGGAGUGGGACUACGUCUUUCGUGUCGUGCUCACCGACGAGUGCGCUCUCAGCCCCCUCCGCGAGGCCAUCGCCAAGGAGCUGCUGCCGGCCCUCCUCGGCGGCCCUGUGACGCCGUCCGAGGUCGACCUGAUGCUGCUGCCUGCCCGGCAUGGCGGCACCGGCAUACGUGACCCUCUCGACCGUGCCGCAGCCGCCUACCCCGCUUCCCGCGCGAGCACCAAGGUGGUCUCCAAGUCCGUCCAAGGCAAGGCUCCGUUCCACCCUGGCGACCAUCGUGCCACCAUCCGCCACGCCCUCACCCGGAGCAAGCAGCAGCAGGACGUCGCCCACAAGACCAAGAGGGAGGCCGCCCUGCCGCACAUCGACCGCCGGCGCCAUCGCGUCCUCUCCCGCAGCGCCGAGUACAAGACGUCCGGCUGGCUGACCACCCUCCCGUCGACAGACAACAACACUGGUCUUGAUGCUGCGGAGUUUCGAGAUGCCCUCAACAUGCGUUACGGCCGUCACCCCCCCGGCCUCGCUGCACGCUGCGACCACUGCAACCAGCCCCUCACCGUCGACCAUGCGCUGUGCUGCAAGCGGUACGGCCUGGUGAUUCGUCGCCACGACGAGCUGCGGGACACUUUUGCCGAGCUGAUUGGGAUGGCGUGGGGGGACGCUGGUGUGCGUCGGGAGGUGGUGUUGAAGGAGGGAGAGGAGGGGGAGGGUGGGGUCAGGGCGGACAUCGUCGCUCGGGGCGUGUGGGAGCGGCAGGCGGCUGCGUCGUUUGACAUCUGUAUUACGGAUCCUGACGCAACGUCUUACGCUUCCAAGAACCGAUCGACCAAGUCCAUCCUGAAGCAGCACGAGACCGCCAAGAAGAAGAAAUACCGCUCGGCCGUCUGCGACUCCCGCGUGACCUUCUGCCCUCUGGUGGUGACGUGUGACGGUGUGUGGGGACACGAUGCCAACGUGUUCAUCGCCCACAUGGCUCAUGCGCUGUUGGAGAAGGAGGGGUGGAAGGGUCGGGGGUUCAGUCAUGUGUCUGGAUGGAUUCGCUCUCGCUUGUCUAUCGCCCUCGCGCGUGCGACUAGCUUCUGUCUGCGUGGGGGAGGGAGGGGAGGGUUUGCGGGACUGGGGUGUGCUGAUGGGGCGGGGAUUGAUCCCUCCUCCCCUUGAGCCUGUUUGAGUCUGCGUGCUGAUGGGACUGUAUUUGUAUGAGUAUCACGGACACACAGACGAGUGUUACGGUUAAUGACAGUUUCCCCCCCAACAGACAGACAGACAGAGAGGCAAUGAAUGGAUGAUUGAUUGAUUGAUUGUCUCUGUGUGUCUGUCUCUUCUGAGUGCAGGAGGUCUGGAUGAAUCGUGGGAUGGAGGCCGACAGCAACAGCGACGAUGAUGACAAGGGUGUGCUCACCACCAUCAGCAGCCAUGACAACCACCUACCGGCAAACCCAUCGCACACCGCGGACAUAGACACACCCAAGAAGCGCGGCCGCCCGCCCAAGAGUGUCGCCGGCCGCAGCAACCAGCAGCAGCAGCAGCACAACAAGAUGACAACGGUGCAGGAGUUCUUGUCGUCGCUGCCCGAGGCUCAAGUCCAGACAGCCAUCGCCAACCUCUUCGAGCAAGACACCGAGGGCGAGGUCAGCUGACACACACUGACACACUCAUGUGCACAUGGAGACGCGGGAAGGGCUCACACGAGAGUGUGUGUGGUCAUGGUGUGAUGUGUGUGUCAUCAGGUGCCGGCGUACCAGUCUGGCUCGACGUUGGAGUUGGGGCGAGCGGAGCUCGGCGUGCUCAAGUUCAUAGCAAACAGAUCGCUGCUGGCGCCUGGUAUUUCAUAUACACCACACAGACAGAGGGGCACAUUGGUUGAAUGUGUGUGUGUGUGUGUGUGUGUGUGUGCAGAGUGUACGAAGGUGACGUGGCCACUCAAGAAGGAAAAGAUCGCAUCGUGUGCGGCACAACUGUACGCAACCACCGACGCACACGCACACACAACACACACAGACAGACAGACAUACACGUGCAACGCCACCCACUCACUGCCCCCCUCUCCCCGUCUGUUGUCUCUGUGUGUGUGCAGGGGGCUGUGGGUGGUCGCCUGUCGUCUGAGUGAGAUGUACUUGUCCAACACAGCCGACUGGCUAGUCAACGCAGCACGCACCUACUACAAGCAGAGGCGCCGCACCUCUGACAGCAUCAACAGCUGUGGGGAGGGAGGGGAGGGAGAGGGAGAGGUGCAGCCACAGCCACACGCCAUGCACGACCCGAGCCGAACCCAGUUCCUUCGCAAGCAGGCCCAACAGCUGAUGGUGGAGAUCGGGCAGCGCGAGGCAGCCAUGCGUCAGAUGGGCGCCGUGUCGGCCAGUGCCGUUCAUGACCUGCUCGCGCUGUCAUCCCACCUCCUGCACGACUACAACGACGUCCUGCUGCCUGUCGAACGGGACCAUCUGGAUUUCUUCGUCAGUGCCUUCAGCCAGUCGAGCAGCCACGCCGCCGCGUCAUGCCCGCCCAACCACACACACCACCAGACACACACACCUGCCCCCUGUGCACAUGACACCACCACCACCACCAACAGCGGCACCAACAGGAGCAGAAAUGGCGAGGCGGGCAAGCAGGGCGGCUACAGAGGCGCACCUCAAGGCUUUCCGUACCACGUGAGUCUGUCAGUCAGUCACGCACAAACACAGACAGACAGCUCAUGUGUGUGUGACUGUAUGUGUGUGUGCAGGUGUAUGAGCAGUGUGUGAUCGCUUAGUCAGCCCACAUAAGACACACCACAAAGACAUGUAUUAUCGCCGUGUACAUGUGUGUGUGUGUGUGUGUGUGUGUCAGCAUGAAGGUCACCGUGAUGGGCGCCAGGCUGCCUGACCUCAACACGCCGCCCGGCCUGGACGUCGUUUGGCAUCUGCAGGUGGCCGCAGAGGACUGGGUCCACGAAACGAUCCAACACGCCAGGAACGAGGUGCGUGUAAUCCUGUCGACCCAACCACGCCACACCGACACAGGGAGAGAAUGGUGUGUGGCGUGUGUGUGUAUCUGUCAGCACAUCAACGUCUUCGACCAUGUGAGGCUGUCGCUCCGAGCGAGGCAAGACGAGGCGCGGCGGCGAUGCGGGAUCAGACCGACACCUCACCCCAGCGACAGCCAGCCUUGUCCACCAGCCAUGACCUCGCUGCUGGACGUGUGCGCGUCGUGCAUCAGCCGCACACACACGCGAGUAGCCACAGUAGAGAGACGGAUGACUGACACACUGACUCUGAUGCUGACUACCGACUGACGUGUCUGUGCCUCCGUGUGAGUGAUGGAUGGAUGGAUGGGUGAAUGGAUGGAAGGGGAGAUAUUGGAGUGUGUUGUGUGAAGACCGAAUCCGGAUAUUGAAUGCUAUCAUAAUCCGA